AUGUCAGAGAAGACACCUGAGGACAAAAGCAAUCGGCAGCUGAUUGGGAAAAUCCUCGGAUCGGGAGUGUCAGCGCUCUCGGCGUUAUCCGUGAUCCACCCUUGCUUUGGUGUGGCCGGCACCGCGAUCCGCUUCAUACAGCAAGGCCUGGACGACGAGAACAUCCGCACCCUGCAGCGUGAGUUCAGCUCGGUCAACGAGACCCUGGACCAGCUUUCCCAGCAGCAUCACAAAACGCUACUGCGCAUCAAGAAAGGCACACUGGACGGCCAGUACGCCACCGCCGAGCAGAACCUGCGCCACCACUUCCGAAUGUACUUGGACAUGAUGCAGGGAGACCCGGACCUCCACGAGCAGAAGAGGAACGCCUUUAAGGAGAGAUAUUCCAUCGACCAGGGCCCCAAGCAUCUGGAAAGGCUCUAUGAGGGCGUGACUGGGAAAAGUAAGGUCUUCAGCAAGCCCAUCCUCGGGUUUUAUCUGGAGUACUCGAAAGGAACCGACUGCGCUCGCUGCACCAUGGAGGAACUCUGCAAACGCCUCAACUACCUGUUCACCAUCGGCCUCAUCGCACUCAUGGGCUACGCCGCCAUCAACGGAUACGAUGAGGAGGAUCUGAGAGAGGAGUGGGCCGAGAAGAUGAGGGAGGUGCAAGAGAAGAUGCAGGAGGCGCUUAAAAUGUGCAAGUGA